CAUUCGGGUUUGCGAAUAAAAGCAAAAAGCUUCCGCCGAGGUUGGUAGCAUACCAGGAUCGCAAAAGGAGAGGGAGGAGAACAAAAACCUCUCUCCCAAAGCACAGCAGCAGAUUGCACCAAAAAAAGCACAGCAGCAGAGCCAAGUCGCCUGGCCGUAAUCCUUCUCCUAGUUGCAGGUAUCUUACCAAUGGACACUGAAAUUGGUAGUGGAGAUUGCCUAGCUUGGGCUGCAAGAGAUGCUUUUGGAACUCUUUCACCUUACAGAUUCAAGCGCAGGUGGGCAUCUUAAAAAAUGGACAUCUAAGAUUAUGCAAUGUGAUGUAUGAAAUUGUUUAACCGGGUAAUAUAGCUAUUAAUCAGACAGGUGCAGGGUUUUACAUGCUGAUGUAGUCAUAUGAUUUUUUUCCCCCUUGGUGUUGUAUAUUUGCCAUGUACUCUUCCAAAUCUUAGCAGCACGAAACUUCACCUCGGGUGGUGGACUCGCUUCGGAAUCUCUCUGGAAAUUCAUCCCUGUCACCCUCUUUCUAAAUGAUUCCCUUUUCAAAAUAGUUUUAAGAGAACCAUUUCCCAGCACCCGCACCCAAAUCUGCUCCUACAUCAGCACCCACUUCAGAGUUGUUGGAAGAGAUGAUGUUCAUAUAAAAAUAACACAUUGUGGAGUUUGUUACGCUGAUGUCAUUUGGACUCGAAAUAUGGCUGGUGACUCAAAGUACCCAUUGGUGCCUGGGCAUGAGAUUGUUGGGCUUGUCACAGAGGUUGGUUCCAGUGUUAAAGGUUUCAAAGUUGGUGACCAUGCUGGUGUUGGCACGUAUGUUGAUUCAUGUGGAGAGUGCGAGUAUUGUAAUGAUUUUGUAGAAGUUCAUUGUUCGAAAGGAUCAAUUUUGACUUUCAACGGCCUUGAUUCAGAUGGCACUGUCACAAAAGGGGGAUAUUCCAGCUACAUCAUAGUUAAGGAGAGGUACUGCUACAGGAUACCUGAUGGCUACCCAUUAGCUAUGGCAGCACCUUUGCUGUGUGCUGGAAUCACAGUGUACACUCCCAUGAUGCGUCAUAAGAUGAACCAACCUGACAAAUCUCUUGGAGUCAUUGGGCUAGGUGGCCUUGGUCACAUGGCAGUGAAGUUUGGAAAAGCUUUUGGUUUGAAUGUAACAGUGUUCAGUACAAGUGAAUCCAAGAAAGAAGCAGCACUCAAACUUCUUGGAGCAGACAAAUUUGUGAUCUCAUCAGACAAGAAGCAGAUGGAGUCCAUGACAAAUUCCCUGGACUUCAUCAUUGACACUGCUUCUGGUGAUCACCCCUUUGAUCCUUACUUGUCACUGCUGAAGGUUGGUGGAGUUCUAGUCCUAGUGGGCUUUCCUAGUGAAGUCCGCCUGCAUCCUGGAAGUCUUAGUUAUGGUUCAAGAACUAUUGCUGGUAGUUUGACCGGUGGUACCAAAGAGACACAAGCAAUGCUGGAAUUCUGUGCAGCAAACAAAGUAUACCCAGAAAUUGAACUCAUUAACAUUCAGUACAUAAAUGAGGCACUUGAGAGGCUUGUAAAAAGAGAUGUGAAGUAUCGUUUCGUGAUUGAUAUUCAAAACUCUCUCAAGUGAUGAUGCAAAAUAAAUAAGCAACUGCAUGGAGCGUCUCCAGGCUUAUAUAAGUCACUGUUUAUGCGUUUUCAGAAAUAUCGUCACUUAAUAAUGAUAUUUUUGUAACUCCUUGUGCACAAACAUGUUUAAAUUUUGAGCUUUUGCUGCCACUUUUUCACAUUUAUAUAAAUAGUUAUGUUUUUAUGUUUUCUUUGUU